GGAAGUCUGUAUAUGUAUAUAUGCAGUGGAGGCAGAAUAUUUCCCCUUCACUUGCUUGGCGGCCUUUGCCCCAGUCAGGGAUGGUGGGUCACAAGCUUAGGCGGUGAACCACGGUCGUUCGACCAACCAACCGACCAACCGACCGCAAUUCUCAACUUGCCAUCAACUGUUCCAUUCAGUGAGACGUCGCCCUUCCAACUAUGCCAUUCUCCCUUCCUUAUUAUCGGGACACCGGUGAAUUGCCAGGGCCUCUUCCUGAUCAGAAUGAGAUUGCACAGGCAACACGAACCCUCCCCAAGAGAUCAGAUUAUGGUGGGCGCUUGGUCGUAAUCAGAGACAAAUUCGUUGUGAAAUAUGGCCCACUUGUGACUGAAAAUGAGGGAUAUGCUCUACUUUUUGUUGAAAAACGGCUCAACAUUGCAGUACCACGGCUCUAUGCCAUGUACCGCGAUCAGGAUACCCUGUACCGCGAUCAGGAUAUCCUGUAUAUCGUCAUGGAAUAUAUUCCCGGCAUUUCUCUAGGGAUGGCGUGGCCUUCGCUCACUGAGGCAAAUAAAUAUUCGAUUGUUGAACAAUUGCGAUGGCGCUACCAUCGCCUGGAUUUUACGGCAGUGUCAACCAAGGACCCGUCCCCCAUAGACCCUAUUAUUACUGGUCCUUUUCAGACGGAAGAAGAAUUUGGAAAAGCCAUCGCACUUCGCUCAAAAAAUAUAUGGAGCGAAUCAAAUAAUCACAGUGUUUUCUCUGAUUAUUUUAUUCGCCAUCUUCCAUUAGCACUUCACAAUCAUCCGCCUAUGUUCACCCACGGAGAUCUCCACAGAGAGAAUGUUCUUGUCCGAAAGAUCGUUAAUUCUGUUACAAAUGAAGAAGAGUAUGAAGUAGCUGCUCUUGUGGACUGGGAAUCAGCUGGAUGGUAUCCUUCAUAUUGGGAAUACGCUCAUAUCUUUCCCCUAUUGCAGUGGAUUGACGACUGGCCGGCAUAUGUUGAAAAGAUUCUUGAUCCCUUGCCGCUGGAGGGCGCCAUGAUGUGGGUUGUCUUUAGUAAUAUGGAGUUCUAA